UCUGCAGUAGUGAAACAUAAUUAGUUCAGCAUAGAAUAUAAUUAUUUAGAGAGAACCCUUUCCCAGUUUUCUCUACCGUCACUUUUUCUUUUCUUUUGCUUGCUCAUCUUUUUCUCUCUCACUCACACACUCAAGUCACAUUUCACACUCAACAACUCUCUCUUUCUCUCCAUUUCAAUUUCAAAAACGAAGGAAAAAAAAAAGAAAAUGCCAUUACCUCUGAAGCUGAAGCUGAUCCAUAUUCUCACUCUCCUGUUCACACUACUGUCAUCACUACCAAGGAGAGCCACCUCCCACUACUCUUACUCUUCGUCGCCACCCAGCUACUCCACAGCCCCGCCGCAGGAGUGGCGAUCCGCACGAGCCACCUACUACGCGGCGGCGGACCCGCGUGACGCGGUGGGAGGAGCGUGCGGGUACGGUGACCUGGUGAAAGGUGGGUACGGAAUGGCGACUGUGGGGCUGAGCGAGGUGCUGUUCGAGCACGGGCAGAUCUGCGGCGCGUGCUUCGAGCUGCGGUGCGUGGAUGACCUGCGGUGGUGCCUUCCGGGGACCUCGAUCAUACUCACGGCUACUAACUUCUGUGCACCCAAUUACGGGUUCCCGGCCGACGGCGGCGGCCACUGCAACCCUCCUAAUAAGCACUUUGUUCUCCCCAUUGAGGCCUUCGAGAAGAUCGCAAUCUGGAAGGCCGCCAACAUGCCCAUCCAGUAUCGCAGGAUAAAGUGCAGAAAGGAAGGAGGAAUUCGAUUUACAAUCGAUGGUUCAAAUAUCUUCAUUUCAGUGCUGAUCACCAAUGUUGCUGGUGCGGGAGAUAUAGUUGCCGUGAAGAUCAAGGGUUCUAGAACUGGUUGGCUUCCAAUGGGUCGUAAUUGGGGCCAAAACUGGCAUUUAAAUUCCGAUUUAAAGAAUCAACCUCUCUCAUUUGAGGUCACCGGGAGUGAUGGCGUGACUGUCACAUCUUAUAAUGUUGCUCCCAAGAAUUGGAAUUUUGGGCAAACAUUUGAAGGUAAGCAAUUUGUGUAGUAUCAGUGGGGGAAAGAAUGUAGUUAUAUAAAAGGGGAGAAUUUCCUGUCCUUUACUUUUUUCCCCCUUUUUUUCUGUUCUUUUUUAGUUUUCAUUAAUAGGGUGGAUAAGGUUGUAGGGUAUGGGGCUUAUAUUUUUAAGAGAGUGAUAGUCAUUCGGUUGCAAAAUGAUGUGCUACAAAGAUGUAUGGGAAAGCAUAAUUGUUGAAAUGUAAAAGAAAAGAAAUUAGUCAAACAAAUCUUCCUCGUGAAAA